UUUAACAGUAACACACACACACACACACACACACACCACACACACACACCACAGACAGAUCUACUUCAUUCAGAUUACAUUCCACCUUUCACACACAUUCUGUAUCAGAUAGCAGGAGAAUCAGGGGCAUAAUGGAAGCAGAAGGAAACAGUACAGUGUUUUCCACCUGCCUGGAUCAGAAAGAGUGCCAGAACGGCAUUGCAGAGAAUAAUCCAUCUUCAGAUAUGAAGCAAAAAGAGGAGAAGAUCCAGAAAAGUUCCCAGGAGGAACCAGGAGAAAAGUCAUGCCCAAGAGAGGACGGACCACCGUGCGAGGACGACGUUUUGUGUGACUCAUGCAUUGAAAGUCCACGCAAAGCCAAGAAGUCGUGCCUGACGUGCCUGGUUUCCUACUGCGAGGAUCAUCUGAGGCCACAUCUGGAAAAGGAGAAGUUUCAGAGCCACCGGCUGGUGGAGCCGCUGAAAGAUGUGGAGACUCCCAUGUGUGAGAUACACAACUUCCCACUGGAGCUGUACUGCUGCGUCGAAACUUGUUGUGUGUGUCAGAAAUGUGUGUCCAAGCAACACCAUGGACAUGAAACCCUGUCCAUUACAGAGGCACGUCGGAAAAUCGAGAAAGAGCUGCAGGAUAAACAGACAGAGCUGGCGAAGACGCUGACAGCAGCUGAGAACUCCAUCAACAAACUGCAGAGCUGCUUUCUCUCUGUAGAGGGGUGUGUGUGUGAGGUGCGGGCUGUGCUCCAGCAGCAGGUGAGUGUUCUGCAGGCGGGGGUGGAGGAGGUGAGGGCGGAGCUCACCAAGGUGUUGGAGGCGGAGCAGAAACACACACUGGGGCAGGUGGGCGGAGCUCGGCUGUGUGUGGAGCAGCGCUGUGUCGAGUUGAAGAGGGCACACACACACCUGGACAAACUCAGCAAGAGCAAGAACGACGUUGACUUCCUGCAGGAAUACUCUCAGUGGAGGAAGAUGAACUCGGAUGUGUCUCUGCCUGAUGUGUGUUUCACUCAGACGGAUCGUCUUCAGAGUUUCAGCCGCAUCAUCACACACACCACGCAGGAGUUGUGUAACACGCUGCUCGCGACAUACCGCAACUCACUCAAAGACUUCUGCACAACCGAUGAUAAACCCGAUCAGCCCACAGUUCAUCCCCUUAGUCCUGUACAGCAGAACACCACACCGCCUGAGCCGCAGAGCAGAGACGACUUCCUCAAAUAUGCAUCUCCGUUAACGUUUGAUGGUAACACGGUGCACCAGUUCCUGCGUGUGACUCAGAAUGGCAGGAAGUUAACCAACACCACGCCCUGGCAGCACAGCUACCCUGAGCAUCCCGAGCGCUUCGAGCACUGGAAGCAGGCGCUGGCGGCUCAGAGCUUCUCCUCAGGGCGCCAUUACUUUGAGACGGACCUGAGUGGCGCAGGUGUCCACGUCGGCGUGACGUACGUGGGGAUCCCACGCCAGAGCGACCAAACCGAAGCGUGCCUCACAGACAGCAGCGUCUCCUGGUGUGUUCAGUGGAGUGGGCGUGGCUUCUCGGCCUGGCACGGCGGCGUGGAAACCCCCCUGAACGCCCCCAAGGCCACGAGGCUGGGUGUGUACGUGGAUUUCUGGUGUGGCACGGUGGCGUUUUACAGCGUGGGUGGAGAACCAGAAGGAGGGAUGGAGCUGCUGUAUCGGUACAAGACGGAGCUGAGAGAGCCGCUCUACCCCGCUGUGUUCCUCCCAAAGAAGGAGAACAUUGUGGUGCUGGUGGAACCGGGAGACGAACUUCCACUCAAGAGCCCCUCACCGCCAUGUUCUCCACCGUGAUGCACAUCAUUUAACACUAUUGUUAUCAUAUCAUUACCUAACUUUUUUUCUGAGGACUAAUGUCCCAUCCUUACUUAUACGUACACUAUAUGGCCUAAAGUUUGUGGACACCUGACCAUCACGCUUAUAUGUUCUUGGUGAACGUCCCAUUCCAUAUUUUAUCCCCCUUAGCUGUUAUAAUGAGCUCCACUCUUCUGGGAAGCUUUCCACUAGAUGUUGGAGUGUGGCUGUGGGGAUUUGUGUUCAUUCAGCUACAAGAGCAUUAGUGAGGUCAGGCGCUGAUGUUGGGGUGUCGAGGAGGUCUGGGGUUCAGUCGGUGUUCCAGUUCAUCCCAAAGGUGUUCAGUGGGGUUGAGGUCAGGGCUCUGUGCAGGACACUCGAGUUCUUCCACUCCAACCUUCACACACCAUGUCUUCAUGGAGCUCGCUUUGUGCACAGGGGCAUCGUCAUGCUGGAACAGGUUUGAGUCUCUUAGUUCCAGUGAAGGGAAACUUUGAAGCUACAGCACACAGAGACGUUCUAUACAACUGUGUGCUUCAGACUUUGUGGCAACCGUUUGGAGAAGAAGCACAUACAGGUGUGAUGGUCAGGGGUGCACAAACUUUUGGCCAUAUAGUGUAUAUCUUUGAAACUAAAGUUAUUAGUCCUCUGUUUCAAAACAUUCUCACGCACACAAACGGAGCGAAAUUAAACUGCAAACAUGUUAACAAAUAAGAAAUUACAGAGAACAUUCAUAACACGCAAAACACACGCAAUGUGACGUCAUGCGUUUUCAAAAACAUAGAAAACACUAUAAGAGAAAAAAAACAUCUGUAUACAUGUGGACAGGGUCUUAAGUACAUCGUUUAUCGAGACAGAAAAUGUUUCUGACAGGAAAAAUACUGUGAUUACACACAGAUUUAGUGUCACGUGACAGGAUUUUUGUUACACGCCUCUCCUCCAACAAACACAGCUGGACUGAGGAGGAGACGAAAAUAUCGCAUAGCUCAGUUCCAGAAAAUAACAUUACAUCUGUAUUUGUAUUUGAGGGAAACGUCAUCGCAUGUGAUCAUGUGACCAGGCGCUUCAUUGUCUGUGCACGCUGUUCAGUGUGAUUUGCCGAGACAGAAGAAUGAUUUUAAAAAAAAAACCACCUGGAAACUGUUCAUAUAUUCAUCAGCAGUCUGUAGAUUCGGUUCUGUUUCCGUCCCCUGUGUGAGUGAGCGAGAGAUGGAAAAGCGAGGGAUGAAAAAUAAAAGAACUGCUUCCUGUUUCAAUAAAAGAGUUUAUCAUGAA